UCAAAUUAUUCGUGAUGAUGAUGAUCUGUUUGGUUUCCUAACAAUCGUUGAUAAAGACAACCGUAGAUCUCUUUUGUUAGUGGAGGAGACGAGUAGAUGAUUUAUCCGCUUGCGUUUGGUGUACUCGACGGUGAGAAUAAUGCUAGUUGGACAUGGUUUUUCGAGAUGCUCAAAACUGCUAUACCAGACUCUUCUGAAUUAGUAUUUAUGAGUGAUAGAAACCAGAGCCUAAUCGCGGCUGUAGCUAAUGUGUUUCCACAAUCUCACCAUGGCCAUUGUAUAUGGCACUUGUCUCAGAAUGUGAGAGGGCAUGCUUGUAACACAACCAAAGCCGUAGUCGCAUGGAGAUUUAUGGAGUUGGCUAGGUGUUACACGGUGGCUGAGUUCGAGUCUGCUUACGCAUCUUUUAAGGUGAGAUUUCCUCCAGCAUACAAGUAUUUGGAGGAGCAUACAGAUAAAUGCACAUGGGCUCGGGUUUAUUUCCCAGGUGUGAGAUACAACUUGGACACUAGCAACAGUGUGGAGUCAAUGAACAGCGUCUUUAGGGACGCCAGGAGAUAUGCUUUAAUACCAUUGUUGGAUACAAUCAUCAAAAAGUUUUCAGACUGGUUCAAUGAACAUCAGAAGGACUCUGUGGCUGGGUCGAUUGAUACCAAACUGGUUCCUCUUGUCGAGAUUCACUUGCAUAACCUAUGGAGCACAGCUGAGAAAACACCAGUGCGUGAGCUUAAUAGUUAUGAGCUUGAGUACGAGGUAACCGACACUGAAAACGGGAAGAAUUAUGUUGUGAACUUGAUAGAGAAGAGCUGUAGCUGCAAGGUGUAUGAUUAUGAAAAGUAUCCUUGUCUGCACGGACUUGCUGCUUACUUAUAUUUCCUUGAGGUUGAAGCUGCUCCUGGUCGUCGACGUGAUGUGAAGAUAGAGUAUCAUGAGUUGUGCUCGAAAUAUUACUGGACAGAACUUCGGACAUUGGCUUAUUACAAGACCAUUUAUUCUGUGCUGGACAGGUGUGAUUGGAAUGUACCAGAUCACAUCAAAGAGCUUCAGAUCAUACCUCCGGAUCGCCUCAAGAGGAAGGGAAGAAAAAAUAAUAAGAGGAAUCCAUCUGUUGGUGAACGACGUAAAAGGACACAAAACAUAAGGCGACCAAGGCAAAAUUUCGGUUUCAGUUGGCUGUUGUUUGGAAUGCGUAGUAGUAAUCCCAGUGAAUCAAACUAGAUCUUCUGGUAUGGAUUUUAUUUCUCUUGUGUUGCUUUUGAAAAUAUUGGUAAAACUAAGUAUAUCUUUUGUGGCAUAGACUCGAAAGUUUGAAAGUUUGAAGAAUUCUAUGUUUAAGCGAUCUAACCAUGUAUUAUCUAAGUUUAAGUGUUUGUUUUGCAACCUCUGUUUAAGCGUUUUGGCAGUUAUGUUUAAGUGAUAUAUUGGAAAACCGCGGAAAACUAGUAUAACAAGGUGUAACUAUGAUAGAAAUCAGCAUGAUCCGAAAAUUGCCAACUACAUAAAUCUUAAUAGAAACACGGUCACCAAAUAUUAUAUAGCAGAUACUGCUUCUCAAAAUACAUUAGUGAAGAUAACAAAUAUUUACAAACCUCAUAAUAAAAAAACUCAUUGUUUCAUUAAAAAUAUAUCAUCGUAUAUAGUCUUUCAAAGAGAACUUUGUUAAUAAGAUCAGCUUAUAAAGAAGUAUUCUAUAGUUUUCAUGAUUUAAAAUAUGUUAUUGCACUAAUCAUUUAUGCUUACAUGGUAAUGCAGAAAAAUGACAAGUAGAACUUUCUUUACAAAUUAAAAUUAUACGUAAAACUAAAAAAUGUUGAAAUCACGAAAAGUAGAACUAUGAAGAAAAUUGGUAACACCAGAAACUUCAGUAUAACUAAGAGCAAAUAUUUCGGAGGGAGAAUAAAAAAAUUUUCGCGCCUAAACGAGAAAAGCCAAAAUUUCCAAUUAUUUUGGUCAAAAAGUAGAUUCCCUCUGCUCUUUUAUCUGUGUCUCAUUUUUUCCUAUCUUUUCCCAAACACUUUUUCACUUCCCCACCACUCUCUAUUUCAACUCUCUCUCACUAUUCAUACACUCUCUCUUUAUCCAUUCUCUUUCUAUAUUCUCUGAAGAUUCACGGUUUUACUCUUUCCCUUUUACUGAACAUGACUCAUCCGUAUGAAGAGAUGAAGGAGAUGAAGAGGCUGAAGAAACAUUACGACAUGUUAGGGUUCGUUGCCGAUGCCCAAUAUGGAAUUCCCACCCGUUGCCCAUGCGGUGGUGAAAUAAUGACGAAUGUUUCUCCAACUCCGAAGUACAAAUCAGAUUUCGAUACCUUGCCUGGGAGUAGGUACUUCACCUGCAAGAAUUAUGAGGACGAUGGGUUGCACUUUCGUCAGCCAUGGGCUUUUGGUGUUCAGCAAGAAGUGGAGCGCUUAAGGGGGGAGGUGAAAGAGUUGGCUGAAGAGAUUGCUAAGCUUAAGAGGCUCAUUACCUCGACCUCCCAUCCAUGAGAUUCUCAACCUCGCAAGUUCUGAGUUCAUGUGCUAAAAACUUUGUCUUCCCUAACUAUCUAUUUUUCUUAUUUCGGUUAACACAAGUCUUUGUUUGUUAAGAGAGAGGACUCUUGUUAAGACUUGUGUAAGUUUAUGUGUUCAAACUUAUGUUAUGCUAAGCACUCUUAUGUUUAUCAAUUGGUACUCUAUGUUUAGACUUUCAUCAUCAACCAUUAUUCUAAAAAACUAAUUUCCUACACAUUCCAAUGAUGUGUACUCUCUUAAACUAAUUUACUAGACUUUAUCAAUUGGUAAUCUCCUAGACUCUCACUCGACCUACACAAUAAAGUAAAAGCAUCCACAACAAAGAUUUCAUAACAUAGUUAAAAGUUCUAAAUCCACAUCACAAACAAGAAACACAUCAAAUGACAUCGUUUGUCUACUUCAUCAAAAACAUAAAACAAAGUUCUAACACACCAAGCAAGUGAGGCAUCUCUGCUUCACUUCUUCCUGCGUUUUUGUUUCUUUGCUUUCUCUUGUGCUGGUGCUUCUUCUUCUACUGCUUUAGCUUGUGCCUCCUUGACAAACUCCUCAAGCGGGACCAAUCUCCCAUCCAAUUGGUCAACCUUCUUGUCAACUGUACUCAUCAGUUUCAACGUUCUUUUCACCAACUUCAUAACAUCUCCCAGUUGAAUUGACUGCUCACCUCCUUCUAUUCCAUCCCCUCCUGCAGCUUCACUCGCUUCUGCCUGUUUUUGGCGCGCAGCUACAUCCUCGUCGUGCAUGUCUUGAAAAAAGACCUUAUAGCCUGCAUCCAGACACUUCUCCCAACUGUCCACAGCUAUAUCAGAUUCAUCAACAUCGUCUUCAUUUUCCAAAAUGUCAUCCAAGAGCCUUUCUUCUUGUGGAGUUCUGGUCACAAACACAAUUAAUUUUGAAUCUUAGCAACUUAGUGAGACCAUUGUUCCGUUCCUAGUCCUAACUUAGUUCAACCAUAGUUCCAUUAUCUAGUCUUACCUUAGUUCUAUCCUAGUUUUACUUUAAUCCUACCACUGUAUUACUCUAGUUCUACCACAGUAUUACUCUAGUUCUACCACAAUAUUACUCUUGUUCUACUUUAGUUCACAGGUUAACUUACGGUUGUGUUAGACAAUUCCUUGUUUAUCGCCGAAAGUGACACCCCUGUCAUUCCAUUUCAUUUGAAUGAGGACUUGCACAUCCUCGGGCAGUUGACAUCAGCUUCUUCAACAGGUUCUCUGAACGCCAAUCCUAGCUUAGGAAUUGCCUCGAAUGCAAGAAGCUGUUAUACACAACAUUUAUAAAAUACCAUCAGUAAAUAACAAUAGCAAUCAAGUCAUUAAUGGGAUUUUGCAUACCUCUAGUGGAACACAGAAACCCGAAAGCGGCCAUAAUGUACCCUCUUUCACCACCCCUCCAAAAUGCUUCAUUGUGUGAGAGAUCUCCUUCAGCAUGUAAUCAUAAGGGAAUCUCCCCCAUGGAAAGGCUUACACAAGUCAAGAUCAUCCACUGCUCUCUAGAACACCUCCAACACAAGAUUAGCCUUGUGUCCAACCUUCGUUUGCACGCAAACAACAUAAGCUAAGAAGAAUAGAACCGCCAUCUUCAGUCUGUCUUUGUGGGGUCCCAUGUUCACGAGCUUCUUCUUAACAUCCUCGAACCUUCUAAGUUCUCCUUCCUUCAAUCAACGAACUUCGUCCCACCAAGCUUUUUGUAGCCGAGAGGAUAGUUGUGGCAGAAUAGCCCAGAUAUCAAACCGUGUUCCCUCAGCCCAUAACGGAUGGCAACACCAUUCACAAUGAACCACACUUCUCUCCGCCUCUCGCAACCGGCAGUAUGCAGCAACAACAUCCACAUACCCUGAACCCUAUGGUUGUUCUCGCUUUUCAUGUGGAAAAUGUGUCUGAAUUGAGGAUGCUCCGUGAACCAGUUCCACUCCGCGUUAGACCGCUUCGGUUUCAGAUUGUGUAGCGUCUUAAUCGCACUAGCUAUCAUGCACCUCGUCCCUAGCUUUAUUUUUUUCGGUACUCAGAUGGCUUGAAGAACAUAUUGGUUAGUUUGAUUGCCUCGGGUGC